GUGUUUCAUUCCUGGGUCGCUUGCCCAGCAGAAACGGUCUGAUCACCAACCCAUCGUACAACAUUCUACCAGCCGCGAUGUUGGACCACAUCCGGCUGUACCGGCGCGUGCAGCUCAACUGGCAGGCGUAUGAUGCAUAUGCGCGCGUGAGCCUCUUUUGCGGAGCCAAUUCCUUGCUCUACAGCUGUUUGUAUUGGGCACUUGGCUCGUUCCUCACAGGGCAGCAUGCGGGUGUGGCGGCCGUGGCAGUCGCGCUGGUCUUCGCCACCAUCCAGGUGAUGUUGGCGAAGCUGGACCUGAGAUUGAGGUCGUGGCACCUGCGUCGCAUCGCUUGUUUGCUGGGCUGCACACCUGUGACCACGACUCUGG